UGUGCCUUUGAUAUUGCAAUUUAGUUGAAAUUAUAACCCUUUGCCGUGCGGACAUUAAUACAUAAAAAUGUUCAAGUUUCUGUUCAUAUUUUUGCUAAGCAUUUCGACAUACAAGCUGAUAAGGGCCAAUCGAGAUCCGCAUUUAUGUAGUUUUCCCGUUGAUGUCACCUAUAUCGAAGAGGUUUUUACACCCCUGAAUGAAUAUGGACCAUUCGCCGACUACUUCAAGAAAAUGGACAUCAACGGUAGUCGAAAAAAUGUGACCAAAACCAAGACGGAAAUGCGAGAAUUAUGUUGUCCUGGAUACAUAAUAUCCCGUGACGGCGAUGGACUCUGUCAACCAAUGCUGACAACCACACCCACAAAAGCAGCCAGAACGACCUCGACUACGGACUUGGAUAUUACAGACGCAACGGACUCCACUUCAUGGAGCACCUCAUGGGACGACGACUCCUCAACCGAGUUGCAUUCAAGUACAACUACAGAGGAAGCCCUUAUCGACAAACCUGCUGGUUUUAGUUGUAUGGAAUAUGCUGUAUAUGUGGCUUGUGCCAUCCUCAUCUUUCUGUUGGCUCUAUCCCUUGCAUGCUACAAGCGCAAGCAAAAAAUGUAUCGCGUGAAGCAUGAGAACCAACAGGUAAAAUACGAUGCCGAAGUCCACAGAUCUCUUAUAUAGUCUGCCAAAACACAUAUAUAGGACGUGCAUACAC